UUUAUUUCCCAUUACAGGGAGUGCUCUUACUACGACGAGCAAGAAAACAAGGAAGAACUUGUCUGACAAAAACGGAUUAUGCAAAUUGAGCCCAUUUAAAUUAUAUAAAUAAAUUACUGAGUAAUUCGAGUGAGUGACUCAGUCGGGUCAAUUUUGCUUUUCAAGUCCCAACAAUCACAAAACCCGGGAAUUUUUGAAUACGAGCCUGUAAAGUCCUUUCACUUUCUUCCUCACUCUCUCUCUUUGCCUUUGAGGUUUUGAUCAACCCAAUUUUCAAAGCUAUAAACAGUAAACGCCGUUCAUUUUGCUCCGUCAUCGUUCAAUUGGAAACAAUUCUUCUGCUGCAGUAGGCCAGUAGUUUUCUCCCUAAAUUUCCGAAAACUUCAAAGUUCACUUCUCUCAAACCCUAGCUCUGCACUUCUUCGAUCAAUUUAUCUGCAAAUUUCAUUCCCGUACGUCUCAGUCUCUCUCUAAUCAUACCUACAUCAUUAAUUGUGGGUAAAAGAUCAACCACCGGUUUAAUAGAGAUGGCAGAUUCAGAGAAGAAAGAUUCUUCAAAGUCGAAAAUGUCACUGUUAGAUGAGGACUUCUCCAAAGAUUUUCUUGGCUCGUGGAAGUCAGGUGGUGAUGAUAUGGACUUCGACUUCGAACCAGUCAGCAAAGGCAAGAAAAAGGCAUUUGACUUUGGCAUGGAUAUGGAUUUUAAUCUUGAUGAUGCUUUUGGCAAGAUGUCAUCUUUCAAGAUGGAUUUGCCAGAUAUUGAUUUUUGUAACUCUCCAAAAAAGUCCAUGAAGUCAAAGGACAAGUUAGAAGAGGUUUCUGCUAAGGGAAACUGUCAAGACAAACAUGACAAGUUCAACUUUUCUUUCGAUUUUAACGGAAUGAACACUAGUGAUGAAGAAAAUGAACCUGGUGACGGUGGCUGUUUUGGUCGUGCUAAGGUCCCUUCAAAAACUGUUAAUGCCUCUGAAACUAGUGUACAAGCAACAAAUGAUGGUGGUACCACAGAAAAUUCAGCUUCUGAGGAUAAUCUAGAAGGCUCAACAAAUACAGGUGCUGUAAACAGAAGUUGUAGUUUUUAUGGCAGCAGCAAAGAUAAUGGAAAAAAAUCAGAUGAGUAUCCUAGUUCAAGUACCAAAGAAUUGAUUCAAUCAGAUUCAGUAAUGGAGAAUAGUGGAAAGCAUGCUGCUGCUCAUGCUCCUCCAAGGAACCACGAUGGCACUGUAAAUGAGAAAAAUAGAAAUGAGGUGAGUGUUGGCAGAGUGCUGCGUAAUGGAAAAGUAAUUGGCGGAAGCCCUUCACUGGAAUGUGAGAAGAAGGCCAACAAUGUCAAAUAUUCUGGGGAUAUGGACUUUUCUGUUGAUGAUGCGUUUGGCAAGAUGUCAUCUGUAAAGAAGAAUAUGCCAAACAUUGAUUUUUCUAAAUCUCCAAAUAUAUCCACAACGUUGAAGGAAAAGUCAGAAGAGGAUUCUGCCAAGGGAAACACUCAAGACAAGCAUGACAAGUUCACCUUUUCUUCCGAUUCUAAAGGAAUUUCCAAUAAAGAUGGGAAGAAUGAGCCUGGCGACGGUGGUUGUUUGGAUAAUGAUAAGCUCCCUUCAGACACUGUUAAAGCUUCUGCAACUAGUGACCCAAAGGCAUUGUCCUCAAAUGCUAGAUCCCGUGCUGACAUGGAAAAGCCAGUUUUGAAGGUUUCGUCAGCACCAUUUGAUAGGGAUAUGGAUUUUGCUCUUGAUGAUGCGUUUGGCAAGAUGUCAUCUGUAAAGAAGAAUAUGCCAAACAUCGAUUUUUCUAAAUCUCCAAAUAAAUCCACAAUGUUGAAGGAAAAGUCAGAAGAGGAUUCUGCCAAGGGAAACGCUCAAGAAAAGCAUGAGAAGUUCACCUUUUCUUUCGAUUCUAAUGGAAUGAACACAAAUGAUGGGAAGAAUGAGCUUGAUGAUGGUGGUUGUUCGGGUAGUGCUAACCUCCCUUCAGAUACUGUUAAAGCUUCUGCAACUAGUGACCCAAAGGCAUUGUCCUCCAAUGCUAGGUCGCGUGCUGAUAUGCAAAAGCCAGUUUUGAAUGUUUCGUCAGCACCAUUUGAUUGUGGUUCGACUGCUGCAAAAACAAUGCUGCCGAAGAGCAAGGUUCAAGGAGCUAUGAACUCAAACAUUCUGGUUGCACAAGAAACAGCUGAUGGUGAUACUACCACAGUUUCAGCUUCUGAGGGUAACCAAGAAGGCACAACACACACUGAUGCUGUAAACAGAAGUGUCUCUGUAAGUUGUAGUAGUAAUGGAAGCAGCAAACAUAGUGGAAAGAAAUUAGAAAACCAUCCAAGUUCAUUUACCAAGGAAUUGAUUCAAUCAGAUUCAGUUAUGGAGAAAAGUGAGAAAGAUGCUGCUGCUCGUACUCCUCCGAGGGACCAUGAUGACACUGUAAAUGAAAAAACUAGGAACGAGGGCAGUGUUGACACAAUGCCGUAUAAUGGAGAGGCAGAAAAUGACGGACUCGCUUCGCUGGAAUGUGAGAAGAUGACCAGAAAUGUCCAAUCUUCUUGCUUUAAAAUUCCUUCUCCGACUCCACAAGAACAGGGAACUAAAUUUGGCAACCAGGGGAAAGGGAAUCUUAAAGACAAGAUUUCAAGCAUCACAUUGAUUCCGAAAUUAAAUACUUGUCAAGGGAAUCUCAAAGACAAGAUUCCAAGCAUCGCAUUUAUUCCGAAAUUAAAUCCUGGUCAAGGGAAUCUCAAAGACAAGAUUUCAAGCACCGCAUUGAUUCCGAAAUUAAACAUUGGUCAAGGGAAUAAACUUCCAUCUCAGAGAAUUGACAAGAGAAUGUUAGCUCUUCCUAGUUUGAAAAUUACAAGACGUACCACUACAGACAAACAUUCAGCUUCUCCCACUAUGCUAAGUAAUGCUAAAUCUCUGGGAAAUGUUGAGAAAAGCACCGGGCCAAAACAAGUGAUGAUUAAGAAGGUGUCUCCAAUUGUUGCCGAGAAACAAACACCCUCAACACCCUCUUUGAAGCGCAAACGAUCUGAGGCUGCUGAUAGGGGUCUAGCAAAGCUUCAUACUCCAAAACGUUUCUCACCCAAUGAAAGCAGAAUGACUAAAGUAUCAGUCAGGAUACGUGAAGAUGGGGUUCAAAAUCAUGGUAACUUUGUGGUAGGAAACACAAAGAAUGUCUCAGCAGAAAACAAGACCCCUAAGUUUCAUUUUGAUCAAGAGGCAAACAUGGCUUCCCUCCAGUUCAGUUUGAUGGUGGAGAAUGAUGCAAAUGUUGAAAAGGCUGAGGCAUGUGCAAAAGAGCUUGAUAAUAUCUGCAACAUGUUGAAGAAGAAGCAUGAAGAAGCGAAGGAGUUACUGGUCCGAGCUCUUGUAAACAACAACAAUCUUCUGAUGCUGAGCCACCCUAUCCACGAAGAAAAAAUUUGUGCAGUUCAGAGGCUUGCUUCUAAAUUGAUGUCAAGGGAGUUGGAAGUUGAGGCAUAAAAGAACUAGGGUCAUACUGAUCACAAGAAGGUCAACCAACCUCUCACUCUUUAUUUCUUGCACAUGCAUACGCAUACAAGGUGUUGCAUUUGCUCAUUUGAUUUUAUCGGCUUUCUGGGAACUGUGAUUUCAGGAUAAUCUAAAUGUUAGCCCCUUCAGUGAGGAUACUAGGAUAGCAUCAAUAUGGUGUUAUUGGUUUCUUUUGAUCCCCUUGAUUUGUGUAUAGUGUAAGAUCAGAUAUAUGAAGUUGCUUGUUGAAAUUUUACUUAAAGGCGUCGCUUAAUUUGUAUUUGCAUACUAUCAUGUAUGGGUUUUGGACUUUUGGGGAGUUCCUGGUUGGCGGUGUGGCACAUUGUUGUACUGUGUAGGAAAUAUCAUGCUCGGUAAAACUUACUCCGUAUAAGAGAAACAACACACUUUAUGUUCUGUUUUCCUAA